AUGGAGUUGAUGUUGACUAAUCUCCGACUUCGCAGUUCCCCGCGACGCCCCUCUUCUCUUCUUCUCUCUCUCGACUCAUCCGAUCUUUUCUUCCUUUCUUUUCUCUCUUUCUUCCAGUUUCAUCCUCAAUUGCUUUGUUGUCCUCCGGAUCACAUAAUGUCUGCAAAGCCCGUCUAUCUCGGCGUCAUCGGCGUCGGUGGUGUUGGCACGGCCUUCCUGAACCAACUCUCCCGACUUCCUAGUCCACCACAGCUCAUUCUUCUGGCCCGAUCCACACAAACCCUCCUCUCCCCAGCCCCAGCCUACACUCCUUCCAUUGCACCGGGCGACUGGGCCACUGCCCAAUCCACACCAUCAAUUACCAAGGCUGGCGCCCUGUCCGUUGAUGAGAUCGCCUCAUAUCUCUCCUCGGCUCCCGGUCGCUCUGUCUUGGUCGACAACACCUCCGACCCAGCCCUAGCCAGCGCAUACCCGACUUUCCUCAAGAAGGGCAUCUCCAUCGUCACUCCAAACAAGAAGGGGUUCUCCUCAGACCUGUCAUUGUGGAAAGACAUUUUUGCCUCUGCUGCACAGGGCUCUUCUCUCGUUUACCACGAGAGUACCGUCGGUGCAGGUCUCCCUGUUAUCUCCACUUUGAAGGAUCUCGUCGCGACGGGUGACGAAGUCACGCGCAUCGAGGGUGUCUUCUCAGGCACCCUAUCCUUUCUGUUCAAUAUCUUUGCUCCCGUUUCGAGUUCCGGUUCUUCUGCUCCAUGGAGCCAGGUCGUCGCCCAAGCCAAGGAGCUCGGAUAUACCGAACCCGAUCCCCGGGAUGACCUGAAUGGUAUGGACGUCGCGCGGAAACUGACCAUUCUUGCUCGCAUUGCGGGGUUGGAUGUGCAGAGCCCCGAAUCAUUCCCGAUUGAGUCGCUCAUUCCGUCGGAAUUGGCGUCGCUUCCGUCCACGCCGGACGGCAUUCAGCAGUUCAUGACCAGGCUGCCUGGGUUCGACUCCCAGAUGACUCGGAUCAAGGAGGAUGCCGAGAAGAAUGGCAAGGUCGUCCGCUACGUCGGCAGCAUUGAUGUGCCAAAGAAGGAGGUCAAAGUUGGUCUGCAGCUGUUCGACAAGGACUCGGCCAUUGCGGGUCUCAAGGGGAGCGAUAACAUCAUCAGCUUUUACACGAAGCGUUAUGGUGCCAAUCCGCUUAUCGUCCAAGGCGCCGGUGCAGGUGGUGACGUUACUGCUAUGGGCGUUACGGCAGAUCUGCUCAAGGCCCUGGAGAGAUUGAGGUAA